GGUUAGGUGAACCACAGUUAAAUGUCAUAACAAUAGAUUAUCAUUUAAUCAUAACCACAGUCUUCAUAGUUUGUUCGGCCUCUUUUAACGUAAUGACCAGUUCAUUUGGUUUGAAUUGUUGAAUGAUUUUUUAAUUCUUGUUUUCUGUGAUAAAUAUGUCAUUAAUUUACCAAAUUUUGUUGCAUCCAACGAGUCGAAAUUGUUGGUUACAAUGCCGCCAGUUCGCAACGAGCUAUUCAAAAACACUGAACAUGCCAGUGACAAAAUUUCCGGCCUAUGUUAAGAAGACGAAAAGAGCCGAACAUGAUGGUCUUAUCAGAGAGAAACACAUGAAGCCACUGUAUGAAUGGCAACGUAAACAUUUGAAUGGGAAAGAGUUUGUUUUGCAUGAUGGACCGCCGUAUGCAAAUGGAGAGCUUCACAUGGGUCAUGCUGUAAAUAAGGUUUCAAAAGACAUAAUUCUUCGUUUGCAAAUCGUCAACGGGCACCGAGUACACUAUCGGCCGGGAUGGGAUUGUCAUGGACUGCCAAUUGAAAUGAAAGCGAAAUCAGUGAAAGAAGGAAUGAGUCCAUUGGAGAUUCGUGCAAAUGCUAGAGAUUUUGCAACGAAAACGAUCGAAGACCAAAAGCGAGAAUUUGAAUCAUGGGGCAUCACAGCCGAUUGGAACAAAAUGGAAAAUAUGUAUCGAACAUAUGACGCUGCCUAUGUGACAAACCAACUGAAUUUAUUCCAUCAGUUGUAUGCCAAAAAUUUAAUAUUCAGAGAUUUGAAACCCGUUUAUUGGUCACCGUCAUCAAAGACCGCCUUAGCCGAAGCUGAAUUAGAAUAUAACAAAAAUCAUGUCAGUCCAUCGCUUUACAUUCGAUUCAAACUGAACGAUGUGUCGGAUGCGCUGAAAAAAUACGAUGAAUAUGGUGAUUUAUAUGCUUUGAUAUGGACCACAACGCCUUGGACACUUCCAGCAAAUCAGGCCAUUUGCUAUAAUUCUAGUCUGCAGUACUCGGUGGUAAAACUUAAUGAUGCACCCGAAUAUUACAUCAUUGGAACCGACCUGAUACCAAAACUUAAAGAAUCACUGGAAUCAUUUAAUCUAGAAGAAGUCGCGAGUUUGAAUGGCGCAGAGUUUGAAAAUUGUACAUAUUUGCAUCCGAUAGACAAAAGCACGGAGCUGCCAUUUUUGAAGGGUAGUCAUGUUACAGCUGACGUUGGUACAGGCCUAGUACAUACAGCUCCAUCGCACGGUUUCGACGAUUAUCUCGUGUGUUUGGCGGAGAAAAUUCCGGUUAAAUGUCUGGUCGACACUCAAUGCAAAUACAAUCGUGACGCACCAGAUUUCCUUCAAGGCAAAGACAUUGUCGCUGAUGGAAAUCGACUUUGUUUAGACCAUAUCAAAGAGGAUACAGUUCACUUGGGCUCGAUAACCCACAGCUGCCCAAUCGACUGGAGAACGAAGCAGCCCGUUAUUAUAAAUGCAACACACCAAUGGUUCAUAGACAUUUUGGCCAUUCGUGAUUCGGCACUGGCUGAAAUUGAGAAAAUAAAUAUCUACACUACGUCUUCGGUGGAGAAAAGCGGUGACAAUCAAUUGUCACAGAAAAUCAAGCAACGACCGUACUGGUGCAUUUCACGGCAACGUGUGUGGGGAACUCCCAUACCAGUUUUCUAUAGAAAGGACACCGGUGAAGUUAUCACAUCGGAGAAUAUUAUCAAUCACAUCAACACAUUACUCCAACGGGAUGGAACGAUUGAUUUUUGGUGGGCAAAAGAUGUUAAAGACUUGAUACCAGCGGAUGAACUGAAGAGACUGAAUUUGAAGGCGGAUGAUAUUGUGAAGGGAAAUGACAUUCUUGACAUUUGGUUUGAUUCCGGCAUUUCAUGGUCGUAUGCAUUGAACGAACCAAACGUUGCUGAUUUGUACUUAGAAGGCUAUGAUCAAUUCACUGGUUGGUUUCAAUCGUCUUUAAUCACAAGUGUGGCGGCAAGAGGCAUAUCACCAUUCAAGUCAAUUUUUGUGCAUGGAUUCACCGUGGAUGAAAAAGGAAUAAAAAUGUCAAAAUCACUGGGAAAUGUGAUAAAUCCAAAGGAUAUAAUAGAAAAUCAUAAUGUGGAUACACUUCGUUGGUGGGUGGCAGCCCAUCUCAUUGGUCAAUCACCAUUGUCAGUGAAACCGCAUUUAUUCGAAGAAUCGGCCAAUGCAAUCCAGAAGAUUCGCAAAGUGUUGAGAUACUUGGUUGGAUAUGUUGAGAAAUUGGAAUCUACCGAUGCGCAGAAAAGCCAUAAGUUCAACAUUGAUCUCAAUGCACUUUCGCCAUUAGACACGUAUAUUCUGAAUUCACUAGCGAAAUUCGAUGAAAAGGCUGAGUAUCUAGCAUCAAAUCAUCGGUUUCCAGUUUAUAUCAAUAACAUAAACAAAUACGUCACGGAUGAUUUGUCUGCCUUUUACAUCGACAACAUCAAAGACAGACUUUACUCGAAUCCCCUGCAAGAGACUAAACAGUCAUUAAACGUUCUAUUCGUACAAUUUUGCAUUUUGAAUAAAGUGCUCUGGCCAAUCGUACCACAUUUAGUGGAGGAGGUAUGGAGCUAUUAUUGUAAGACAGAUUCAUUUUUUAAGCAUCAAUUUACCGUGCCAAGUGAUUGGCAUAACUCCGAAUUUGAUGAGGCUAUGAAGGUUGUGAAACAGGUAGCUGGAAUACUGAGAGAAAAUGUAACGAAAACCACGUGGAAUUUCGAUGUGAAAAUAUCUGGUACGGCUGAACAAAUUCAAGAACUGCAGAAAUUACAUCCAAGUGACGGACAAACGCAUAACGAUUCGCAUUUGUGCGAAGUUCUACAGGUGCAAUCUGUCCAAUUGCUUCAAUCGCCGAGUGCUAAAUUGAGUAUAGAAAAACAUGACAUCGAGAAGAAGCUUUGCGAUCGAUGUCGUCGCUUUGCUAUUUCAUCAGAUCAAUCGAUAUGCAAACGAUGUGAAAACAUUCUCGAAGACAUGAACUUUAGUGUAAAAUAAUGUUGUAGAAAUAAAUUAACAAAAUUAAUUGUAAUAAAAAAA